AUGACGUCUCUCAAUAGUUGGUAUUGGCGCUUUCUCGAAAACUAUGUCUAUGCUGUGCCAGAACCUCCUCCACGCCGGCGAACUAAACCCAUGCAGGUUUUAUGUGUGGGCCCGCCAAGGUCUGGGACUGAGUCACUUCAAACUGCUCUUCUGAAACUCGGAUACGAUCAUACUUAUCAUGGCUGGGAUAUCGUAUAUGAGAACCCCCCUGCCGCAUCAAAGUGGGAGGACUUUGAUGAAAUUCUUGGCCAUUGUGUCGCGGUCACAGAUGCCGCAGCAUCCGUCUUUGCUGCCGAACUCAUUGCUGCAUAUCCUGAUGCCAAGGUAGUCCUUAAUUACCGCAAAGAUUUGGACGCAUGGCAUCAAAGUGCCAUCAAGACCUUGCUCAGUGUCUGGGACAGCUGGCUGAUUUUUGCGCUUUCUUGCCUUGGAAAGGAGCUGUUCUGGGUGUGGCAUGUUUAUAGGCGCUUCAUGUGGCCUGGUUUGUUCCGAGCUUUGGAUGGCGACAUUGACACGGGAAUAGGAAGAAAUGGAAAAUGGGUUUACAAAGAACAUUGCAACAUGAUCCGCGGCCUAGUCCCAAAAGAGCGACUUCUGGAGUGGACUGUUCAAGAUGGCUGGGAACCCCUGUGCAAGUUCUUGGACAAGCCAGUUCCAGAUGAACCGUUUCCUCAUGCCAACAAAGCUUCCGGAUGGGAUGACCGAGUAGCUGAGACUAGUAAGAGAUACACGUGGAGUGCUCUGCCGGGCUUGGCUAUGGUGACUACUGUUACAGUUGGCUUGGGAGCGGUGGCAUACAAGACUCUACUUUGA